AAAAAACUUCAGGACGAGGAACGAAAAGACAGAGUCCGAUGGCUGUGUACAAGAUCAAGUGGGACGAUGUUUCCAGUAGAUCGGCAGUCCAGGGAAGUCUGGCAAGGGCUCGGAGAGAAGAUUCGCCCAAUUUAUCCAGCGUGGAUACCAUAUGGCCCGUUGUCCGUCUGCACAUGGCGAACGAGGCGACAAACGGAGAGGUUUUCUUGCAGCCACUCAGCUGCAUACGAGAGAUCCUCGAAAGUGCUGUAUUGAAGCACAAGAGAAGAGGGAGCGAAGGCUCUGAAGUAACAGUGGGUAAAGGAGCUCGGAUGGCACUCUACUAUCUAGCCAUUGAAUACAUCCCCAGACUCAUGUCCUAUAUGCCCCACAUCAAGACCAACAAACCCGAGAUGGGCGUUCUUCUCCUGGAUAUUCUGUGCUACCUGCUGGCCGUGGAGAAAGGGAGCCCCUACCCAUUUCUUCUCACCUUCUCUUCCUCCCUCCUCCACCUCUCCUGCCCGGAGUGGCCUCAGGCCUCUCAGGAGAUCCUCUCCAGACUCUGCCAUUUCAUCCUGCCCACAUGUCUCCAGGCCAGCUCUUCCAAUCACUCCUCCUCACUGCCCCCCGGGGGCAUGACGUCCACCCUCAUGCUAGUCCUGGAGACCUGUACCCCCCGCCACCAACUCCUCACGACCGACACACUCAUGUUCCUCAAGAGAGACGUCUGUACCGAUAUUCUCUCUCUCAUCGCCCAUGGAACGCAGACAGCUGUCCACAACGCUCUAAAAUUACUUCUCCAUUACUGGCCACCUUCUUCUGAGAUUUCCCAUAACGUCUCUCCCUAUGGAGAAUGGCAGGCUCUUGAUUGUGAGAAUGUCGGUUGUCGUCGUGGAGACGCCCAGGCAUCUACGUUGUGUCUGAAUGCUCCGUGCGUCGCUCGGCACAAGCGUCGUGGGUCCCCCAAACUCUACCUCCUUCUCUGCCACGAAUGCCACUCUGUCAUCCACAGAUCAGUUGCUGAUUCAGACGACAGUCACCCAACACUACAAAUCCCAAGUCCUCUCCGUGAUGUAAAGCCUAACUGCGAAUUCCAGAAAAAGUGUUUGGGGAAGGAGAGUCAGGUGAACAAGGCGGAGGUGACGUGCUACGACAAGCGCUGCACGGCCAUACAAGGGGGGCAACCCAUCCGCAUGUGUCGAGCCUGUCACUCCAAACAGCACGCAGAUCUCGAGGACCACGGCCAUAUGUAUCAAGUUGGCCCUCCAAAUCCGUGGACGUCCAGCGAUCCUGCGGCCAGCCCUGCCAUGCUGGAGGCCGUGUCUGAACUGUUGCAAUGUUCCCCGUUGCUCCACAAGACGUCCACGUUCCCAGGCACCGUCAGUAAGGCUGCCGCACACACCCUGGUGGAGGGCCUGCAGAAGAUACACGCCCUGCCGUACCAACUAAUGGUGGAGGGAAGCCGCGAGGGGAUCUGGCUACUGUCGCAGUUCUGUACCCCCAGUGGUCCUGUCUCGGUAAAUACACUGAGGCAGAAUGAACUGCAGGAGAAGGAUGUUCAGUACGGUGGGUCAGUGGGAGUGGCUGGUACGCCUCUCGUCCCUUGCUCUGGACUGGCUGAGGAGUUACUACGAUGUCUUGAGACAAGUGGAGGAGGAGAUCCCCUCGUCUCCGCAGACUGACGACUCUGACAACCCCAGUCCAGACGUCACCGAGUAUCUCCAGUAUUUCUCAAACUACAACGACAUAUCUAGACUCGUCGAUCCUCUGCUGACGACCUGGCUCUGUGAGGUGGCCAAGACAAAUGGAGACUGUCUCGUAGCUGCUCUUCAACCGCACCCACUGCCGUGUGCCCAGGUCGGGAAACUCUGGGACAAGGAGUGUGACUCCAUCGUGCGGUACCAGAGCUCUCUACGUUCUCUCAAUCGUCUGUACCAGUAUUUCAAGUCAAGCCACAUUCCUAGAGAUGCCUUUAUGAAUAUCUUCAACAGGGUGAUGCCGGAGUGGCUGGACCUGCUGGUACAGCUGAGGACAGAGACGGGGAAGAUGGCCACCCUGUGCACCCACUACCACAGACUGUUGUCCCACCACUCCACCUCCGCAGAGGCCCUCGAGAUGGCGGAAUUCAUCUGGGACAGAUUCAGGGGCGACGACAGCUCCGGUGGUGGCGAGAUGCAGAGGGCACUGUUCUGGCUUCAAGACUUGACGAGGCUAAAGAUUGGACUGCCGUACAUUCAUCACAUGUUUGAGAGUGGCGUGGAGCACGGGAACCAUCGGAAGACUAGCAGUAUUGGAGGGGGAGGGGGUACGAAGCCAAAAGUGUCCGUUGCUUCGUCUUUCGAUGAGCAGGUGGAAGAGAGGAGACAGUCGAUGGAGAGAGGGAGUAUUGCCAGCGACAGUGAGUCGGCUCUGGUGUCAGAGUCGUAUUUGGAGGAGGCGGACACACUUGCCAUUGCCUCGCUUAACUCUUCUCUCACUAGGUCCAUUCUCAUGCUGGACAUCUGGCUCUCUCAGAUGAAGCUGGGAACGCACGGGUUGGACUACGGUAUGUUGAAGAGGUUACUGCUGCAGAUGCUUCAGAUGCCGUGGGGCUCCAAACACUCUUACACCGAUCACCACGAGACAACAAACUCGUGCCUUCUCUGCAAGGCCACGGCACUCUGGUUCUCUCUCACCGCUCAGCUGCUUGAAGAGAGCGAGAGACAGCUGGAGGAGGAGGAGAGGGAGAGAGGAGGGAGUGGGACGGACGGAGGCCGUCCGAUGCGACUACAGCAGCAGAGAAUCUCGAUGAAAGUGGCGCUGAGAAAACUAAAGCAGCUGACUCACGAAAAGACAACAUUAUCCGACGUUUUCCCGCCUUCUUCCACGACGACGUCGGUGGUGAGCCCCGGCAGCGGGAAAUUCGGAACAUUCCCCCGAAAGAGAGGGGAGAGGGGGGGUUCGGAGGAGCAGGGGAUGAGCCCGGGCGCCGUGAGCAACAGGGGGAAAUCCCCUCGCGGUAGCGGAGACCUGACAGACUUUGACCGGGAUUUCCCGCCGGCCGAAAGUCGAAGCCACGGAAGAACCCGCUGAGGAAGAUGGCCACAGUGCAGAUGGACUCGUCGCAGCAGGCGCCCGCCUUCUCUGGGCUACUGGAGAAGGUGUCAGAGGAGAGGGAGGAGGGAGGAGGAGGAGGAGAGGAAGAGGAUUUGCACCUGGUUUUCCAGCUCUGUAGAGAUCAUCUGAAGCCCAAGCUGCACCCGGAAGCCACUCACAAGGUGGUCCAGUGUGUGAUGGUUCUCCUCCGAAGGUGUCGCGUCCUCCACGACAUGGGAGAAGAGGAUGCAGUUAGGGAGGCUCGCUUCCUCUUCAGGGAGUUAGUAAACCUCCCCUUGUAGCUGCAUUUCUUUCUUUCGUCCUGUUUUCUUUAAUUUCGGUCUCGUCCCCCUUUUUCUUUUUCCUCCCCGCCUUACUUUUUCUCCCUCCUUCCCUCACCUUCUUUUCUUCUUCUCUUUCUUUAUCUUUCUCUCCCUCUCUCUCUCUCUCUCCAUCUUUCUCUCUCUGCAGUGUGUGGAAGUGUCUAAGCAGUCAGUCAUCUUACGUCGCACGAUCUUGCGUUGCUCUCCUUCUUUUCUGCCUCAAGUUCCUCAAUGAACAUGAGUUGUCCAGAGGGCUCGAGAGGUCAACAGGCUGGGUCACAUUCCGGGACGGACUCAAGACCGACAAAUUCAAGACAGUUGAGAAGUUUAGCAUUUUUCUGGAGUUCAUGCUGAGUCCCGAGACCGAACUGGACUGGAACGACGCCAGCACAAGUGUCGUUGGAAUUCAGGUGAUGGUGGGUUACUCGUUCUGUCUGGCGGUGCAGCUGCUCCAGGACAGGACCAGCAGCGUUGCCAGCAGAGCCCACUACUGCCUUAGCAACCUCUCUGUCUCCACUCUCAAGCCACUGCGGAAGUUCCUGAUGCGGCUGUUCCUUGACCACUCCUCCCACCGAACCCUCGUACUCCAUUCCCUUUCCCUCCUCAACACGGCUCUUCCGCGACUGGGGCUGCUGACCCUCGACCUUGCCCAGGGCCUCGUCUCCUGCCUGACUCCACACUCCUCCAUGUCUCCCUCCGCUUCUGACUCCAGAUUUAGCACAACCGACCACGCCAGCAAAAAGGAGUCGGUGGGCAGUGAGCUGAGUGGACAGACACCAAAGACCUCGAUCAGCUCUGGUCUCCCCUCGUCCCCCAUUCCUUCCUUGGCCAGCCCCGAAGAAGAGAGCGAACUUCUGCAGUUGGCUCUGGCUCUCCUGCUAAAGUAUCUGGCCAACCCAGAGUCGAAUGCGGAGGAAAAUCUAAAGAGGACGAAGCAGGAACGAACUCACAGAGAAUCUUCUAUUGAGCCCGAGAUGCGUCCCGCGGUGCUGUCUCAGCUCCCGGCGCUCCACCACGACCCCCCAUUGCUCCGAACAAACCCCGUAUUCCACGUCUUCAUCGACCACAUGUACCCGGUCCUGGAUCAGAACCCUGAAUUCAGUACUGCCAGUGCUCUCAGCUUUAUUCUCAAUCGUCUUGUGACCUGCACGGCCCCCACAGGGGAGGAGGCCUUUUUGCAGUGUCUGGAGCCGGGGGCUAGGGGGCGGGAAGGAACGCGGUGUGAAUUUAGUCUGGGGGUCCUGCCCCCCUCCCUGAGGGAACCGUGGUUGCGAGUGUUUUACGUCAUUCUUUACAAGUAUAUCCAUAACUAUCAGACUGGGCUGAGUGAGCUCCAUCACGACCUCAUCUUCCUCGUCCGCUGUUGCAUGGAGAUCUCUCUCAACACGAUGGAGGCCUCCCCGCACACUUGCCCCCUUCUGCCCCCCGGGGGGCAAGUAGCAGCCCCCCCAAUCAGGAGGCAGAAGCAGGCGGUGGGUUACACUGGACUGAGUGCGUCAUCGUUGUCGCAGCCAACACAUUCUCUGGAGUCUCACACCGUUCCGAGGGCGGAGAAGGGGAGGGCGUCGCUGAGCCCAGUGAGGGAGGAAUCGCCUUCAGCCCUUCACGAGUCCAGCCCAAUUCCUGUAUCUCACAAAGCCCUCCAACCAAUGGCUAGUGUCGAUUCAGUCGAGAGCAUCAGCAGCUUUGGCAGCGUGUUCCUCCGUCCCAGUUCCAUGCUGAAACUACACUCCGGUCUCUGUUCCGUGUGUGGGCGUGUCACUAACGACUUUGCCGAGGAGGUCAUCACAAACUGCGCCAUUGUCGUGGCGACCUGUUGCCAGCGGUUAGCGACGCGGGUCUCGGGGUACCUUGUGUCUCGGAUCAUCCCUGCACUCGCCAAGGUGAUUGAAGCUGGAAGAGAAUCAAGCUCAUGGCAAACAUCGAGUGAUGACCAAGCCCCAGGUUCAGUUACUGCAGUGGCCAGUAACCUCCUCCAGAGUACAGUCACACAGUUCGCAGAUCGUCGUCUCUUCAUCUUCCUCUUCGGACACUCGUACGACGGAGAGGGUGUGGCCAAUAGGAGCGUUGCAAAGAGGGGCGUGGCUGAGAGAGUGUUCAGUGCUCUCAGUGCCUCCCUACCAGCCCCGCCCCCUAUGGGAGAGGGGGAAGGGGAGGGAGGAGAAGAGGAUGCAGAGGGUAUCAAUAUGGCAUCUCCUGUCACCUACUUUUUGCAGGAUGCAGUUAACUCUCACAACUUUCAGCAAGACGUCCUUCCGCGCUCCUUCGUCCAUCUUGCCCUCUACGUUGAGAAGACACCUCUCUCGCUCUCUCACAUGUUCAGAAAGAUUCACCUGCUUGACUCGUUCUGCAAGAAGCUGCGAACCACUUACCUGCUUCGAGACGAGAAAGCAGUCCACGCGUUUCUGAGGUUUAUCAUUCAAGUCCUUGUCUCGGCACCCGACAACCUGCCUCAGUCGCUGCUCCGUAGUCCAGCUGCUCACUCCUUCAUGCAGACCUUUACAGCGUGUCUGGAGGUAAUCCUGUAUCGCGUGCCCUGCCCCGUGGCGGGCCUUUUCAAGCUGGCUCAUCACUGGUACAAGACCUUCCUCGCCUCUCCCAGGGAUGCAAAUCGACUGGCGUGUCUCUAUGUGAGUCAAAUCCGACAGGCCCUCAAGGUCAACCAGACCACUGAGAGUCUUAAUUCUUCUACUUUUGUCAGCCUCAUUCAGGUGCUACUUCUGGAAGAGAGGGGCUACUUGAGCUACGUGGACAGUCUGACGGCCCAGAAAACCUACGCCUCAAGACUGCGGGACGAAUUUGACUUCAGAGAUCUCUUCCUUAACGCUAUUCACGAGCAGCAGUGGGACUUCAUGGACAGCAUGUUGUUCCUCGAUGCCAGCCCCCACCGUCUUCCUGACCAGUAUCUACAGGAGCUGGCACGACAGAAGCUGCUGAUGGCCCAGCUGGUGGCCCUGAGGGUCCAGCAUGGCAGAACCCCAGUCGAUUACUUGAGAAGACUCAUCAAUGAAGACAUCAGAUCCAUCGUCCUACCCAGAGGUCCUCACCAGAGGUCGACGGCUGUACGGUGGCACGACAAUCUCUCUUUACUCCACAUCCUCUCGUGGCUGCUGCUGGGAGCUACCUGCCACAACGCCGUGCAUCAGGUGUACAGUUCAGACCAGUCCUCAGAUGGGGGAGGGGACCAGUGUCAGCUACUGCGCAGUCUCGACGCCAGUCUGGAGGUCACGACAAACGGAGCCAUCAGACUUACCCGUGGAGCUAUACAGAAUAUCAGGAGAACCAGCGAGAACUCGGGGUCGCAAAGCCAGUACCUACUCUUCACAUUUACUACCAUCUGGACCCACUACAUGGAGACAUGGGAACAGGACUGCACCCCGGCCAUCGUCCAGUUCUGGGAGAACUUUGUGUCCAACAUACAUGACUUUCUGACUCAGAGUACCACCGAUGAGAAGCAUGUCAACAAUGUGCUGCACAAUCUGAAUGAUAAAGUGAUUGUUCCUCUCAAGAAAUGUGGUCUCUCUUCAUUCACACUGCUGCUUCCCAUCUGGAGGAAAUUGUCAACACAGCUCCCUGGAAGACACCUGCAAGAGAUAUUUCCAGUUGUUCCUGACAACCUAGCCAAGGUUACCAUGGAUACCUGGUGUAAGGAAAUGGUGGCCGAGCUGGUUACCAUGGAGAGAGAGAGCAGCCCUCACGUCACUACAACUGCUCUCUAACUACUUUUUAGACUUUUCAAUUUCAUUUUUGACGUAUUUAAAGAAAGAAGAUUAAUAAUAAUGAGUGACAGAUCUAGUAGCAUUGUUUCUUUGGUGGCGGCUCUGUCCCAUUAGGCAAUGGGUCAGACUGUUCAAUGUCCAGCUUUCUUUUCUUUGCUUGGGUAUUCACAGCUUCCGGAUUUACCGUAUAUGGGACAGAUUCCGGGUCGACCGCUUUGCGGACGGUUUCAAAAUCGACCAGAUUACGGAAAAUUUCCGGGUUGACCAGAAUUUGAACCGAAUCAGGAUCGACCAGUUUGUGGAUGUUAUCGGGACUGGCCCGAUUAACGACAGCUUCCAGAGGACAGUAGUUGCACGUGGUAGUACUAGGAGCUGAAGAGAAGUGUGAGGGUGGUGGGUGGUGACAGUAGGGAUAUCGGUGAGGGUGGUGAUGAGAGGAAUGGUAACAUUGCGGCAUGUAACAAGUAGAACAGGAGGAAUGGCUGGUACCACCUGUGCAAUAGGUGACGUAAGUUAUGUUGGUAUACGUGUUGCCAGUUGGUGAGGUCACAUGAGGAUCACGUGGUCCAUCACAUGAUCUCUCAUCAGUUUUAGGUGAUGCACACUUGUUUAAAUCUUGCAAAUUUCUUCCAUUCCCUCCACGGUCGGUGCCCUGCGGAUGGUUUUCGCUAAUUACAGGGAAGUUCUCGUCAAACCGGCUUGGUGAGAGGGGCAGAGGGGGAGGGAGGAGUUCGGGGGACCCGGGGCCAGUGCCCACCAGGGGGAAAUUGGGGGAACCAAUGUAUUCGAGAUUGUCCGAAUCGGAGUUUGGGUCGCGUUGUUGAAGGCAUUCUCCCGGGCCACUGAGGUACUCACUCGCAGAAUCAUAACCACUCACAAAUCCACCGCUGUCAAAGUCGCUGCCUUCAUCGGUCCUCGGGGUGUCCUGAUUGGCAAUCGGGACAGGUAGCAUUUUGUCCUCUUCGGCAAUUGGGUCCCGUUUUGCAGUUGGGACGGGUAGCGUUUUGUCUAGUUCAGCAACAGGGUCAGAAAGCGUCUUGCCCAUUUCAGUAAUCGGGGCAGCGAGCCUCUUGCCCAGUUCAGCGAUUGGGGCAGAGAGUCUCUUGCCCAGUUCGAUGAUGGCUUCGUCCGUGAACCCUGCAGAGUGCCGGCGGAGAUGUUUGGGUGCACGGGGUGUGGAGUAAGCAACACGGGGUAACUCCAGUCGGGGUGGUGGGGUACUCCACCCCACUUCCUCCGGCUCAGACUGUACCUGUGAGGGGUCACACUCCGACGGAUACUCCGUCUCGUACAAAGUCUCCGAGACAUCACCGCCAUCAAGAUAAACCCACCCACAACCUUUCUUCCACUGUUUCCUCCUCCUCCUCCUCCUCCUCCUCGGUCGUAUUGGUCUGCGAGUUCCCUCACUGUCACUGGUUUCACUUUCAGCAUCGGAAGACGAAUAGUCUGCUCGCACUACCUUCUUCAACUGACUCUUUUUUCUCAGUUUCUCCUCCUCUUCGUCCCAGCAUAUCUCUUUCUUCACCUUCAGACACAAUUCAAACAGAGAAAUACAUACACCCACACACACACACACACACUCACCUUGACGACUUUCUGGUGAAGGAGGGCAGUUAGUUCCUGGUCUUCUUCUGAAUCCGAGGACAACGCAGGGCUUGGCAGGAGACAUGGUGGCAGCUGCUUUCCUGCAUACAGAGAGAGAGAGAGCCGCCACUGAAGACAGUUCACUUAGGUUGAGGCCUUGCCUUCAUGUGUACAUACUUUGUUGUCUGUUUAUCUCUUCUUCGUCCUCGGCAAAACCUUCCAAAUCGCUCAGAAUCUCUCCUGCCGACUCGUCGCUGUCGAACUCUCGGUCGUACUGAUGUAGAGCGAGAAAUAUAACACGCAGGGCGAGAGGGUACGUAGGUAGAACGUCACCUUGAGGUAUAUGCGCUUGAACACGUUGGUGUACCUCCUACCGUUGCGCAGGAUGCCUCUCUCGAAGUUUUCGUUGCCGCUUUCCCUCUCCGAGGAACCCUCCGUCUCCUCCUCGACCGUUGACAUGGCCACCGCUUGGCGCCAAAUCCACCUCUCACCACACGGGUCCAAAGGCCAAAGUACACAAGAGUUCAGCUUGUCUCUCAACCAAACAUGAGUGGGGGACUGGCUCCGAGUAAGAGCACCGUAUACGCCAGUAAUCUUCCGUAUGAGUUGACCAACAACGACCUACACCAAAUAUUCGACAAGUAUGGAAAGGUGGCAAAGGUUACCAUAGUGAGAGACAAAGAAACGCGGGAGAGCAAGGGAGUGGCGUUCGUUCUCUACAUUGAGCGGACGGCGGCUCACAAGGCCAUUUCGGCUCUCAACAUGAAGGAGCUGUUUGGACGCACCAUCAAAGUCAGCAUCGCCAAGGAGAACGGGCGGACAGCCGAAUUCAUUCGUCGAAAAACAUACAGAGACAAGACAAGGCAAGGAAGACCGUGUUACGAAUGUGGGGAGUUUGGACAUCUGAGUUUUCACUGCCCCAAGAACAUGCUGGGCGACCGAGCGCAACCCGAAAAGAAGAAGAGGAAGAGGAAGAAGAGUGAGGUGGACGGGGAGCCGUCUGGUUCCGGUGCCACCGCAAUGGAACCGGAAUCAGACGGCGAGGAAGAAGAUGAUUGGUCGCUGGGACAAGCCAUCAGGCACUGUCAGUACAUGAGAGAGAGGGAGGAGUCUCAGUCUCAUUCCGGGUCUGCCGAGUCCCAUUCCGGUGGGAGACAGCGGAAGCAACUGAAACCAGACUCAUACUUCAGUGACGAGGACGCCAGUGAUUAGUGGGCGGGGGGGCCUCCACAGCCAUCUAAACAACACUGACCAGCUCGCUGAUGAUGGAGAGAGAGAGAGAGAGAAACAUUGAACAUGUUGUAUAUAUAAUAUAGAGGCAAACUAUAUGAACACCCCCCUGUGUUUGUGUUUCUAUUUUGUAUUUGGAGAAACAGAAUUUUU